UGGGGGGGGUGUCAGCUGGCAGCUAUGGGCCGAUGCUCGCGACCCUCGGCGGGGCUGCGCUGGCCCCCGCUGCUCGCGCUUUUGCUGCUCUUGCCGUCCGGCCUCACCUGGGACAGCGGCGACUUGGAGCUCUUCGACCUGGUAGAAGAGGUCCAGCAAAACUUCUACGUCUUCCUGGGAGUUGAGCAGGAUGCUUCAUCAGCAGACAUUAGGAAAGCGUAUCGCAAGCUUUCGCUAAUAUUGCACCCAGAUAAGAAUAAAGAUGAAAAUGCAGAAACCCAGUUUAGACAACUGGUGGCCAUAUAUGAAGUUUUAAAGGAUGACGAGAGAAGGCGUAGAUAUGAUGAUAUUCUGAUCAAUGGGCUACCAGAUUGGCGACAGCCUGUAUUUUACUACAGGCGAGUGAGGAAAAUGAGCAAUGCAGAGUUGGCAUUGCUGUUGUUCAUUAUCCUCACAGUGGGUCAUUAUGCUGUGGUUUGGUCAAUCUACCUGGAAAAACAACUGGAUGAACUGCUUAGCAGAAAAAAGAGGGAGAAGAAGAAAAGGGCAGGAGGGAAGAAUAUGGAUGAAGUGAAAUUUGGCGUAGACAAGAAUGAAAGAUUACUAGAGAAACCACAGUGGCGGGACCUGCUUCCAUGUAAGCUAGGAAUAUGGUUCUGUCUGACAGUAAAAGCGUUGCCUCAACUAUUUCAGGAGGUCAGGCAUCUGUAUGUAGAAUAUAAAGAGACAAAAAUGAAGGAGAAAGAAGAGGCCUUGGCUAGAGCUGAACUGGAAACACUUCCGAAGGAAAAGAAACCUAAAGUCAAGAAACCAAAACCUGAAUUUCCCGUAUACACAGUGACUGAAACAAAUGCAUUUCUGACAUCGUAUGAUCAUGGCACUUCUAUUGAGGAGAUUGAAGAACAAAUGGAUGAUUGGCUGGAAGAUAAGAACAAAACACUAAAAAAGAAGGCACCUGAAUGGACGGAAGAGGACCUUAGCCAACUGACAAGGAGUAUGGUUAAGUUCCCAGGGGGGACGCCUGGUCGAUGGGAAAAGAUUGCUCACGAAUUGGGUCGAUCAGUGGCAGAUGUUACAGUGAAAGCAAAGCAGAUUAAAGACACAGUUACGUGUGCACCAGGUAUUGUUAGGCUCUCAGAGCUGAAAAUGUUGGCCCAAAACUCAAGAACCAACAAGGUCAGUGUUAACUUAUCAGAUCAUAUAAUCACUCAGCGGGAAAAAGAGGAGGAGGAGCAGGAGGAGGAAGCAAAGUAUGCUUGUGACCCAGAACCAAUAGAUAUGGCAGCAGCUGAUCAACAAGAGACAGUGUUGAGUGAAGCCAGACACCGUAAACGGAAGACAAUACUGAAGGCUCCUGAAACAACAUUCCCAGUGAUGAGAGAGACAGCAGAGGACAAGUGGAGAGGGAAGCGCCAGAAGGACUUUGACACUGCGGAACAAGAGGAGUAUAGCGAUGAUGAGGCCAGAAAGAGAGAGAGGUGUCGUAGUUCGGAAGACUUGUGGACUCAGAAUCAACAGAAGCUUCUGGAGGUGGCCUUACAGCAGUAUCCAAAGGGAACGCUGGAACGCUGGGAUAAGAUUGCAAAAUAUGUUCCAGGGAAAAGUAAGGAAGAAUGUAUGACUAGAUACAAGUUGCUGGUUGAACUCAUACAAAAGAAAAAGAUGGCAAAAAGUUGAAUAUUUGGAAGAAUUUUAUUUACCAGAAUGGAAUAUUUUAAACAUCAUAUGCAGUAUCUUGUAUUUUUGUACCUCAGUAUUUCAGUAUGUCAUGUGCCUUAGUAAAAAAAAAAGAAAAAUCAAUAAAAUUUACGCCUUCCAUUUCUGGUAUGGUAAUAGAAUCAGUUGUA